UCUAAUUGCUCUUUUAGGAAUAGGUGGGCUUCACGGUUUCCUGUCAGUGGAUGAUCCAGGGGAGGAACUGGAGCACAGAGACUUUAACAAAGCCAUUUUGGAGAUGUUGCACAUCAAUAAACUGUCAACACUUCAACAGGCAAAGCCACACCCCUAUAUGAAGCAGGUGUACGAGUCCCUGGACACACAGGUGAGAGAGAUGAGCGCUGCUGAUGGGACUCUUGUGCAGAGUUUCAGGAGCAUUGAAGACUCAAAGCACGGUGUUCCAGGUUGGAUCUGGUUCAACGUGUCUCACCUCAGCCCAUCCAUGAAGGUUGCCGAGCUGGUUCUGCUGAGGAAAACUCUUCAUCCCAAGCCACUCAGUGUGACAGUCACAGUUCACAGUAUUUCUCCAGAAACAGGAAAUCUGAGCAUUAGUGGACCUCUUGUGGAGCGGUUAUUGAGCUUGAACCAGUUACAUCCAUCCGGCUAUGAUGUUUUUGAUGUGACCCCUUCAAUAACCCGACGCCUGACCCGUUCAGACGCAUUGGGCUUCCAGCUUCGCUUUGGGGACGAGAGCGGCAGCUUGGUUCUCCAUGAGGCCCUCACGCAGAGCCUCUAUUGCCUGAAUGGCAGCACUCUCAACCAGCCGCUCUUGGUGGUUUACAGAGCCAAAUCAAUGGAGUUGAGAGAUGGCGCUGAACCCAGACAGAGGCACGACUGCACUGGCAGCUCAGAAUAUAACAAAGAGCGAAUGCGGUUGAGGAAUUUCAGACGUGCUGCACAUUCUCCCUGCAAACUGCAUGUACAUCACAUUAACCUUCAUUCGAGUCAGCUGAGUCGAUGGAUUCUACAGCCAUCACAUUUCAACAUCAGUAUCUGCAGCGGUAUCUGCUCGAAAGAGUUGUCAACGCCGUCCAUUAGUUUCCAUAGACAAAGCAAAAAUGAUUCACUUCAAAGAUCAAACUGCAUUCCUCAAGGGCUGUCUUCUCUGCUCGUCAUGUACAGCAUCGGCAAUUCUGACAUUAUUAUAAAGGAGAUAAAGGAUAUCAGAGCAGACCGAUGUGUGUGUCUGCCAACCUCUCCAUAAAAGUUCCUGGAAACGCAUAUUAUAAAUACUUCAGUUUGUGGAUUUUAAAUCUGUUGUUAUGUCCAUACCUGAAAACAGAGGUGCCUUCAAAUUACCUUCAUUAUUAUUCAUAUACAAUUAGAAGAAAAUAGAAUUAUAUACAUACUGUAUAUGUAUAUUAUUGUAAUAAUACAUAAUUAAUGUAUUAAUUAUGUAAUUAUUGUUAUAUGUAGCUUUACUGUAGCUCAGUGGUGAGAGCAUUGCGUUAAGGGUUCGAUCCCAGGGGAUUGCAAAUACCUAUGUAAAAUGUAUAGGAUAAAGCAAUGUAAGUCGCUUUGGAUAAAACCGUCCGCCAAAUGCCUAAAUGUAAAUGUAAUUUACUGUUAUACAUCUUUUUCGAUUUAGGCCUUCUCAUUUCUUUUUAGUAGCCUAAUGAAUUUUUUAAAACUGAAGAAAACAUUGGACUGAAAGUGCACUUCUGGCCACAUGAUGUCACAAUAUAGCAAGAAUUACUUGUUGUCAAUGUCUAUUCAACACCAUUGUAAAUAUGUUUCAAUUUUCAAAUGUUUGUUGUAAAUUGUGAGUUUAACAUAUGCUGACCUUAAACUGCCUUUUUAUGAACAAAAAAAUAUAUUCAAUGUCUAUCUUAAAAAUAAGACGUUUUACUAACAGAAAUGUAAUAAGUAUAUCCUGUAAUUCUUUAUGCACAUGAUAAAUAAUAAAAGACCCAACAAAGUUUUAAAA